AUGUCCGAGUCGCAGGGUGCCCCUCACUUGAGCAGGAGGAUUAGCGAAUGCCUGCCAGAACAUGUAUGUCUUCACAGCGACGGUUCUAGCAGUGAGGAUGAAUUCAAUCGCAAGAUCGAAGUUGUCUUCGACUCAGACACUGCGCGCCGGCGCAAGUCAUCUUUUGUCCAGUCCGAUCCACUGCUACUCGAACAGCCCAUCAUCAAAGAGAAUGCUGCCCGAUUAAAAUCCCAAUGCCUCGUCCACAAGCUAGUCGAGAAGACAUCGUUGGGACAGCAACCCAAAGUCGAAUCGAAGCUCGAACAAAUCAACGAAGUCGACCCUGGAAUGCCAUCAGAAGACGGUGCAGAGUCCGCCUCUGGGAAAGAGGAAGCCCGCGCAACAGAGUCCCGCCUCCUCACGAAGAAACAGUUGAGUGACAUGGCCGUGAGCGUCCGAGCACUUGCAAAGAAACUAGGCAAUCUCAAGGUCAAAUUAAAGAUUCGGGCGAUCUUCCUACUCACCAAGAUAUACGACAAGACACUCAUCGUGAAGACGAGAGAGGUGGCUAAAUGGCUUUUGUCGAAAGAUCGGUCAGUACCGUACAUCGUAUAUGUGCAGGACACACUCAAAGACAACCCGAUGUUCAACGCUAAAGGAUUGAUUGCCGAGGAUCCUGCGUGCGGCGAUCGCCUGAAGUACUGGGACGUCGACCUUGCACGGAAGAGACCUCACACCUUUGACUUUGUUAUCACACUAGGAGGAGACGGAACCGUUUUGUAUGCGAGCUGGCUCUUUCAGAGGGUGGUUCCUCCGGUACUUUCUUUCGCGCUAGGUUCGCUCGGUUUCCUCACCAAGUUCGACUUUACCAAUUACGAAGACACCUUGUCACAAGCAAUUAAUAAUGGUGUCACAAUAAGUCUGAGACUACGGUUUGAGGGGACUGUGAUGCGGUCGCACAAACGGCACGACGACGCAGAGCGUCGGGACAUCGUGGAAGAGCUGAUCGGGGAGGAGGCCGACGAUCGCAACACGCACAAACCGGACAAAACGUUUGAAAUCCUCAAUGAUAUCGUGGUCGAUCGUGGGCCGAACCCGACGAUGUCAACUAUUGAGCUCUUUGGCGACGAGGAGCACCUGACCACGGUCCAAGCUGAUGGUAUUUGCGUCGCCACGCCGACUGGCUCGACAGCAUAUAACCUCGCCGCAGGAGGGUCGCUAUGUCAUCCUGAAAACCCAGUGAUUUUGGUCACGGCCAUUUGCGCGCACACUCUUUCUUUCCGACCCAUCAUUCUUCCGGAUACUAUUGUCCUACGACUCGGCGUGCCGUACGACGCAAGGUCAAAUUCUUGGGCUAGUUUUGAUGGCCGCGAAAGAAUCGAACUAUUCCCAGGUGAUUACGUUACGAUAUCGGCAUCACGGUAUCCGUUUGCAAACGUCUUGCCCCCUGGCCGUCGCAGUGAGGACUGGGUCAAUAGCAUUUCGAGAACACUGCAGUGGAAUUCGAGGCAGAGGCAAAAGGCGUAUCAGGACUGGGACGGAGAUCACACUGAAUCAGCCGACUUGAAGAAUAAAAAGAGUGAUUCGAAAUCGGAAGAUUAUGAUAGAUCGGAUCAGAGGCGUGGCGGAGAAGGACAUCCUGGGUAUCACUAG